UAAAGCGCGGGAUGAGGGACAGCAGAUAUGGGACUGACCUUCAAUAACAGGCUUCCUCUGUCCGGGACAGCUGGCAGAGAUGACUUGUUUUCGGACAUAACACAAGAUGGGGAGAGAUGGCCCACAGUGGACUGGACAAAACGAGACAUUAAUGAAAACUUUUGACUAAGAAGCGGAUCAAUGCGUGAAGGCUGCCUUCCGGAACAAUGUCGGUGAACGUCUCGCGCUUGAACAGCACUCUUCUGUCGCCGCCGGUGUCUUCUCACAAUGUUCCUGCCCUCAUAUUUGGACUAUUGCUCAUUAUAGUGAUCAUAUGCGGGAAUGUACUCGUGUGCCUUUGCGUUUACAAGGGAAAAGCCCUGAAGACAACGACAAACUACUUCAUUGUGAGUUUAGCUGUGGCAGAUCUGCUGUUGGCAGUUUUGGUUUUACCGCUUUUUGUUUAUGCGGAGUUUCAAGGUGGUGUCUGGUCCAUGAAUUUGGCUCUCUGCGAUGGACUAAUGACUAUGGACGUAAUGCUCUGCACAGCAUCUAUAUUCAACCUUUGUGCAAUCAGUGUUGACAGGUUUAUUGCUGUGUCCAUACCACUGAACUACAACCGAAAGCACGUUGACAAUCGGCAGAUUGUCUUACUCUCUGCCACUUGGCUCCUGGCGUUGGCCGUGGCGUCGCCGGUUAUCUUCGGUAUCAACAAUGUUCCGCAAAGAGACCCCAGAGAGUGCAAACUGGAAGACAAUAAUUACGUGGUAUAUUCCUCAGUCUGUUCUUUCUUCAUUCCCUGCCCCAUCAUGCUCCUACUGUACCUUGGGAUGUUUCAUGGCUUGCGCAAGUGGGAAGAAGCUCGCAUAGCCAAACUGAGAAACAGUAUUCAAGCCUGUCGCAGGUUGCAGCAUGCUGCGGUGGCCGCCGCACUCCCACCCCUGGGGGCUCUGACUGCGUCCCUUCCCCAGGUCAUUGAGAGGGACCUGGCCCAGUCCAGCCUUGAAGAGCUGGAUGACUUCACACAGCCUGUCUGUCCCUUCCCAUCAGAGUGUAAACACAGCCCUAUUCAAAUUGUGCCCUAUCCAGACAUUCAAUAUGGCCAGCCAACUCGAAGAAAGAAGAGGGUGAAGAUCAAUGGAAGGGAGAGAAAAGCCAUGAGGGUUUUACCUGUUGUUGUGGGUGCCUUCCUUUUCUGCUGGACUCCAUUCUUUGUAGUUCACACCACACGGGCCAUGUGUGAGUCAUGUGACAUCUCCCCACACCUGAUGAGCACAGUGACAUGGCUGGGAUAUGUGAACAGUGCUCUGAACCCCAUUAUCUACACCGUCUUCAACACCGAAUUCAGGAAAUUCUUCAAAGGAUUUCUACACCGCUGCUGCUGACAUCAACCAAAAAUAAGACAUGCUAAUACCAUAAUUUAUGCUAAAGACAUUUACAUACAUAUAUAUGUGUAUACUGGACGUACAGUAUGUUUUUUUAUAUAUGUGUUUAUAUGGAACUGUUUUAUUUAGUUUUUAUAAUUAUGUUAUCUUGCCAGUGUUUUGUGUGUUUGUGCCUAUCAUGUUCUACGUUCGCAUAUUGUAGACUUUAUUUUUAAGGGAUUGUUUACUCAGAAAUGGUAAUUCUGUCAUCAUUUAC